UUGCAGUGAGGCAAUCAUUACCUCUGGAUUUGCUACAUUCUUUCUUGAAUUUGGAUAAAAUUCAAUCAACCACGAUAAAUCUACUCUGCUAAAAGGAAAGGUUCUGGACAAUUUGAAGAAAUAAGGUUUCCUACGUGUACUUUAGAUGCCUGAUCUUUUUAAUACAAAACGUCGUGUUACUCUGCCUUUGGACUUUCGGAAGGGGCGAGCAGUUAGACCCAGACUCCUGCAUGGGCUUUGCAAACAAGGAGCUUCCUGGCUGCUCAGCAGCGGUCAGUGACAGCUCGCCUCGGUUUCAUCAGCUCACUGGGACUGCAUUUCACCAGGCCCCUUUGCCAGGGCCUCCCUGGCGGCGUCAACAAGUGUCUCACCUACUGCAGAAACAGCCCUCAAGUUUCAUCACAGUGAUGCUAAAAAAUAUUCUCCAGCUUCAGCAAUGACCUAGUUCAUUCAAGGGCAGGGGGAAAAUGCUCUUCUUCCAGAACUCGCCUGGGCCUGGAGGUUUCCCUGUUAGGAAGAUAUGAACUUUUCUGGAAAGAGAGCCAACUGUGCAUUGAUCCAUCUGUGGAAAAGACUCUGUAUUUGAAUCCCUGUCCCGGGAUCAAGGACACCCAAUCAAUGCCUGACACACAGCGUGGGGAGCCCACCACCGAGCCAGCUCUCCAAUAACAUCUCUUGGACAAAGAGUACUGAAAAAUUCGUGUGACAUGAAAGGAUGAGAGACUCCGAAGGGCCCCAGAGUUGCACACUGUGUUUUUUAUCUACGUUGCUUUCCCAGAAGGUUCCUGAGAAGUCAGAUGUCGUGCUUCGCUGCGUGAUUUCUGGUCAGCCCAAGCCAGAGGUCACCUGGUAUAAGAAUGGUCAAGCCAUAGAUGAGUGUGGCAUUGUUUCCAGUUAUGAGUUCUUUAAGAAUCAAUAUAUUCAUGUGUUACAUCUCUCUUGCUGUAGCAGAAGUGAUGCUGCUAUUUACCAGAUCUCUGCUAGAAGCUGCCGGGGCAUGAUUUGCUGCUCUGCCUCCCUUGAGGUUGAGAGCCCAUCAGAAAACCCGCAACUAUCUCCUAACCUGGGAGAUGGCAGGGACACAGGUUGGAAACCUGGAACAGAGACCUAUGAGAAGGAAUGCACAAGUCAAAUCCACGAGAAGGAAUACCCCCAUGAAGAAGACAGUGUGUCCUUGGCCGCUCCAUCAUCUGAUUCCUCCCCACCCAAAUUCAACUGCUUGUCCUCAUCCCAGUUAUUGGCCAAUAAUGACAUUACUGAAUCCAGUUCUGAAAAUCCUGUGGGUGAAGAAACAAGGCCAACUGCAGAGGUUUAUGAUCCAAAUAACACAGAAGAAAUUUUCCUUAAUUCAAAUAAUAUUACCCCAAACCACCACCGGACAGUACCUCCUCCAGCCUCGCAGUUAAUGGAUGAUAGCCUAAAUAACGAUGGCCCUAAUGAUGAAGUCUUAACCUCUAGUCAUCAAAAGCCAAAGGCUCAGAAAUACAUUAGCUUCAGCUUUCCGCUGUCAGAGGCAACUGCAUGCGUUUACCCAGGUGAGAGCGCUUUGGUCAACAAGCAGCCCAGCCCCCAGGCUUCCAGCGAGGACUCUGACAGUGAUUAUGAACUUUGUCCAGAGAUAGCCCUAACUUACACCGAGGAGUUUUCAGAUGAUGACCUGGAGUAUCUGGAAUGUUCCGAUGUUAUGACAGAUUACUCUAAUGCAGUUUGGCAAAGGAGCCUGCGAGGGACUGAGCGUGUUUUUUUAUUAGAAAGAGAUGACGAAGAGAUGGAAUUCAGUGAGUGUAUCCUGGGUGGGUGUGAGCAUUUCCUCAGUGAAAUGGGUUGUGGGCCUUGGGUGUCGGGUGACAUGGGGCCUAUGGAUGCCACCACUGGCUUCUGUGCUUAUCACUCACAAUCCGAAGAAGUGGGGGUCAGGAGCAGCGGUGCGUCCAGACACACUCCAUCGUCCCUGAGGACAGGGGUGACUCUUACUCUCGGACCUCAUCAGGAUGGAACAGCUACAGUGACCAGACAAGAGAGCUGUCCAGUCCCCACUGCUUCUGAGGCUGCUGAGAAUGAUUGUCCAGGAAUUCAAGAAGAAACCAGAGACAGCCACCAAGCAGGAGAGGAAUUUGCCAGUGACAAUCUGCUAACCAUGGAUAAAGCAGCAACAGAGCUGGAGAUGAAGCCUUUGUUUGGGGGGUCAGAAAGAUCAGGGAUGAAGCAGAGUUUGAAGACCAUGGUGGAAGAAAGAGCAGAGGAAAAGAACCUAAGCAGCCCAAGAAGCAGCCAGAAAUCUGCCAGGGUGUGGCGACCCCGAGUGAAGGGAAAAGCCAAGAAGCUGACCCUGACAGACAGUGCAGCAGAAAGCACCCGGAGUCCUCCUCCCAAGGGACCCGCUCGGGCUCCACUAAUGCAGAGCAAUCAAGAAGAGAUUUCUCACGCCACAGCAGGCAUUCCUGGCCUGAAUUCCCACUUCCCUGAAGGAGAAAGUGCUGUUUUCCUUCCUGCAGAGCAAGACACAAAAAUCUUACAACCUUCAGCUGGCUCAUUACCCGAGGAAGGGGACACAGGCUUCCAGGGGGAAGGGCUGAGGGUUAGUAAUCUACUUGAAACAAGCCAGGCUCCAGACCAGAGUGAUCAUCCUCAGGUGCAAAUUCUGGAAAUGGUCAGGGAAAGAAUCUCUCUCAGACAGAUGCCAGCUUUCUUGAAGCCUACUGGGGAGGAGCCUCCACUCACAGGGACCACAACGAAUUUCCUCUCCAACACAGGAAGAAUCCAUGAGGACGAUGCAUCACUGGCCCAAUACUUGGAGGUAGAAAGCCACCCUCGAGGUCCACAGCAGGAAGAAAAACAAGACAGAGACAGCACCACCACUGGAGGUUCCCGGGCAGACCUAGAACUUGAGCUGAGCACCCCAAAAACUAACGGUAGAAGUAUGUCCCUGGCUGUGCUCUCAGGGCAUCUCUCCCAAGAUGCUAGCACCGAGCCCAGGGAGCCUGAGGCCCUCUCCAGUGCUUCCCCUGAGCCCACAGGUACUGCCCUCACCUUGGAAAAUGCGUGCAGUGGGUCAAGAGACAGAGAAACAACAUGUGUGAUGGAGUGUUUUGAAGCUGGUGACCAAGGAACAUAUUAUGAUACCAUGGAUUCUCCUGCUGGAACACCAGUUGAUAAAUAUUUGCCUCAAGAUAUUUGCUCCGUGGACUCUGAGCUGACAAAAGGUCAAAGCAAAGUAUGUGAUUUAUAUUCUCCUGAUGACAAGACACUGGCAGUUCUUUUCCAGACACAAGGUUCUGAGCCUCCACAGUCCACAGGCGACAGCAGCAAGGAUAGAAACUCAGCACUGUGCCCUCUUUUUGUCAGUACUUUUACCUGGAACAUGUCGCAAGAGGCCACCAAAAGUGCUGAAGGGAAAAAUCUAGCCAAGAUGGAGAAUUCCACUGCCAUCUUGUCCUCUGCAAAGUUGGCUGGCUGGGAGAGGCUGAGCCCACAGCACUCAGGGGGGCUUGGGGGAGCCCAGCCCCCUUCUGUUAAGAAAAAUUCUUUUGUACACUUUGAGCAAGGUGACAAGACUCCUAGGACUUAUGCCUCAAUCACCACAAACACACCAGCCAGUCGUAGUUCAGAUCUGAAUUUCCCUCAGGAGAAGCCAAUGGCAUUAACAGCAUUAAUGGCUAGUGCUGAGUGUUUACAAGAUACCAGGAAGACUGAGGGUAUAUCAGCUGAUAUCGUUGCCACCAAAAGUCCCCCAGCCAAAUAUGCCGUUUCAAUUUCUGUGAGCAACCUUCCAAGUGGUGCACAGGAGAACUCACCUGGAGUGCCAGAUGAAAAUAACCUCGAAUUUCCCUUCAGUGUGCAGUUGGGUCAUGUUUUAAGUGGUCCCACCACUGAAUCUACCAAAGAGCUACUUUGCUUGGCCCCCAGUGUGCCUGGAGUCUGUGGUAGCCAUGUUCCCCUGCUCCUGGAGGGAGAGGGCUCCUGUAACAAUUGCCCUCUUCAGACUGAUCACUGGUCUAGAAACAAGAGCCAGACUGUGGUCAGAGCAGACGAAAGCCUUGAAGAGGAUUUCCAAGAAAAAGGAAGUGAAACAGAGAAGAGCCAGUCCCGCCAGGAUUCUUUCUUAGCAGAUGAUUUCCAAGAAAGUUUGCUCCCCGCAUCUGCGGCACAAGAGAAAACUAACUUGGUGCCCUUAGAGCACUCCCUAGCAAACUGCAGAGACGAAAGAGGGCAUAGAGCAGGCGUGGGGACCGAUGACUCCACGGUGGCAGAAGCAGUGGUGGAAAAAGACAGCCAGGCAGUAAGCAAUGUUCCAUCACUCUCUGAAAUCCUGCUGGGGGAAUCUGAAGAGAGUGGACCAGGAAAUUGGAAAGCAGGGAAGAAGCUGAAGAUUAUAACCCUAGAAGCUUCUAUUUCUGAAAUCUGGCCACCAACACAAGCAACGGAGCUUGAGUACAAGGAGGCAGAAUCUAGUCCCACACUCCCUCACAGGCCCUGGGCUCUGCCUGAUGCUCUGCAGACAGAUGCUGCCUUGCUUAAGCAGGCUCACUCAGAUAUGGCAGUCUUGGUUCCCAGUCUUCAGGAUGAGACUGGUCCAGCCCUUGCUGACCACAGGGAAACCCCUGAGGGCUAUGUGCCUACCUGGACCACACACCAGAGGAGUCUUUCUUCUCAGGAUUUGAGCCAGCCAAGAUUCUUGGAGUCAUCUGUGGACACUAUUGGUGAAAAUGAGUUGUGGGUCACAGAUUCAUUAUCAGAGGCUUCUGGAACUGGAUGGAAGGAAAAUGCUAACAGUGUGAGUCAAGACCAAGAGAAAACUCAGGCCCAGGUGGAUCACUUGGCCUUCUUUAAGCAGUUUCUGGCCUUCCCUGGCAUCCGAGAGUCCUCUGUCGAUCCCAUUGAUGAUAUAGGUGUGAUGCAGGGCCCUAGGGCUGAGAAACUAGGGCCCUCUGAUCUCACACUGGAGGUCGCCAGACAGGCAUGGAAAUUGACUGAUGGAAAUUUGGACCCGAAAGAAGUCCAACCUGACGUUCUGCAAGUUCCAUGUCCCCAAAACAACUGGGGGACCAUUCCAAAUGAAAACAGAAUCAACCAAGACCAAGCAGACAGCAAGAGAGAAGAAGCUGAACAAAGUCAACAUAGUGAGGCAAAAGUGGAUGUCCAGCCUGCCAUCUGGGAAGACCUAUGUCCAAAUGCAGGUGAGCAAAGAAUUCCAAGUAUAUGCAGCAUCAGCCAGAUACAAGCAGGCAGUGACAGAAGCUCAGAGGAGGCUGAGCAGAGUACAGAGAACAAAGCUGGAUGUAUUUCUCCCACUUCAUCUCCUGCUAACUGUCUUACAGUAAUGACUCAGGUGUCUGUUGGAGUUGAUUCUCACAGCUCCAUGGGCCAAAGUCAUGAUCGAUCUGGAAAUGACUUGGUUGAGCCUAGUAACCAUCAGUAUGCAUUUUCUGACUCAAAGGAAAGGGCAGCUAUUGAGUAUGGGCAUAGGCAACAUGUGCCCUCUUCUCGUGAACUUAUGCAACUGCCUUGCAUCUCAUCUCCUGAAGGGAGCACCAGCAACUUUCCAAUAAGCAGUACAAUUGAGGAACUGAAAAGAGAGGAACCUCAAGUUGAGGAGCCCAAACUCGCAGGCUCAUCUGGCUCCACCGCGAUGACUUUGGCUUUCAUUUCAGGAGAAUGUGAGUCAGAGAAGUCCCCCGAGUUCCUGCAGGACCCAUGGCAAAAAGGCUCCACCCUGAGCCGUGGGAAAAAGCUAAGGGAGGAGAAGCCCAUUCAUAUGACCAAACAGACUGGCAAAUUACCAGGGCCUCGAUUAGCAGUGCCUGGGUCAGAGGAGGUCAAGAAGAAGCAAGAAACUUCGGGAGGUGGACAAUUAGCUGAGGGAGUAAAGAAGAAAAUACUGUCCAGGGUGGCGGCCCUGAGAUUGAAAUUGGAGGAGAAGGAAAACGUCAGGAAGAACUCCAGUCUUAGAAAGAUUCCCAAACUCGAAAAAUCAUUGUCACGCACUGGUGAGAAAAAAGAUCUGAAAGAGGCACCUUGCAAAAGAGAAGGAAAAGCUCCAGUAUUACUGAAAAAGAUCCAAGCGGAGAUGUUCCCUGACCAUUCUGGAAAUGUGAAAUUGAGCUGCCAGUUUGCAGAAAUUCAUGAAGAUUCUACUAUCUGGUGGACAAAAGAUUCCAAGUCAAUAGCCCAAGUGCAGAGAAGCGCAGGGGACAGCUCUGCCGUGUCUUUGGCCAUCGUUCAAGCCAGUCAGAAGGACCAGGGUCUCUAUUACUGCUGCAUCAAGAACAGUUUUGGCAAAGUGACUGCUGAGUUUAACCUGACAGCUGAAGUUCUCCAACAGCUCUCCGGCCACCCGGAUGUGAAAGGAUGUGAAGAGAUUGAAUUCAGUCAGCUCAUCUUCAGAGAAGACUUCCUCAGUGACAGCUACUUUGGGGGCCGCUUGCGUGGCCAGAUCGCCACGGAGGAGCUGCAUUUUGGGGAGGGCGUGCACCGCAAGGCCUUUCGCAGCACAGUGAUGCAGGGCCUCAUGCCCAUCUUCCAGCCUGGACACGCCUGCGUGCUCAAGGUGCAUAACGCUAUAGCCCACGGGACCAGAAACAAUGACGAGCUCGUCCAGAGGAACUACAGGCUUGCCACCCAGGAAUGCUAUGUCCAGAAUACCGCUAGACACUAUGCCAAGAUCUAUGCUGCUGAAGCACAGCCUCUGGAAGGCUUUGGAGAAGUGCCAGAGAUCAUUCCUAUUUUUCUUAUCCAUCGGCCUGAGAACAACAUCCCAUAUGCAACAGUGGAAGAAGAGCUGAUUGGAGAAUUUGUGAAGUAUUCCAUCCGAGAUGGGAAAGAAAUAAACUUCUUGAGAAGAGAAUCAGAGGCUGGUCAGAAAUGUUGUACCUUCCAGCACUGGGUAUACCAGAAAACCAGUGGCUGCCUCCUGGUCACAGACAUGCAGGGUGUAGGAAUGAAGUUAACGGACGUUGGCAUAGCAACGCUGGCUAAAGGGUACAAAGGAUUCAAGGGCAACUGUUCCAUGACGUUCAUCGAUCAGUUUAAAGCACUACACCAGUGUAACAAGUACUGUAAAAUGCUAGGGCUGAAAUCCCUUCAAAGCAACAACCAGAAACCGAAGAAGCCAAGCAUUGGGAAAAGCAAAGUUCAGACAAACUCUCUAACAGUGAAGAAGCCAGAGCCUGGGGCCCCAGCAGAAAAGAAAUCUAGUGUCCCUCAGAAACUAGCGACUUCCAGCUAGCAGAACACAGGCUGUGAGUGAAACUCUGAAGACACACAGAAGGAGGUAGCACAAGCCUGCAGGAGUGUGUGGCAAUUCCUACUCCCUGCCGCCGGAGCCCCAAGAUGCUUCUACCCUCGUCACCUGCUAGCUAAGGAAAUGAUCUCGGCAUGGGAUUGGUGACCAGACUGUGGAGACACUGCAUCAGAUGUCAGUGUCAAAUACAGUCCCCUCUUUUGUGUACACAGCAUUUCUACCAACCUCACGUCUUGUGUCUGUUUAUGUAUUUGCACAUAGUUUUGUUGUCAAGGCCUUGGUGCUGAGCAGGGCCUGUCCACAGGCCAAAUCCUGCCUGCCUCACUCCUCAGCUCACGGUCCUAGACCUACCCAGCUUUGAUGUGAACACAAAUCACCAACGUCAAGAUCUGCACAAGUGUUGAGUACACCCCUGUUGCUUGAAGAAGCUUCUGAAGUGUGAGGCCACUUUCUACCAUUGUUCACACAGUCACUUAUAAUUUUCUGUUUCAUUAAAUUCAUAGUUAAACAAAAA